AUGUUGAAAACAGUUGCUAGGGGUCUGACGACCUGUGGAAAGAUUACAGCAGCUACGGACUCUGCUGGUGUGGGAGCACUAAAUGGUGGCCUUGGUGCUGAUGUCGAAUCGAAAGUUAGUAGGUUAUCAGUAGAAGGUCCAGUUGAGUGUCCGCUAUCUGGGUUCCAAUUGCUUAACUCACCUUUGUUUAACAAAGGCUCUGCGUUUACUCUGGAAGAGCGUGCUGCGUUUGGACUAGAAGGUCUUCUUCCACCUCAAGUCAAUACUUUGGACGAGCAGGUGGAGCGUGCUUACAAGCAGGUUUGUUACCUCAAGACUCCGUUAGCUAAGAAUGAUUUUAUGACAUCGAUGAGGAUGCAGAACAAAGUUUUAUUUUUUGAGUUGGUGAGAAGGCACAUUCGCGAACUAGUGCCUAUUAUUUACACGCCUACGGAAGGUGAUGCUAUUGCUGCUUACUCUCACCGUUUCAGAAGACCUGAAGGUGUAUUUUUGGACAUAACUGAGCCCGAUUCCAUCGAUGCUCGUUUGUCAGCCUACGGUGAGUGCAAGGACAUCGACUACAUUGUUGUUUCCGAUGGAGAGGGUAUUCUAGGUAUUGGUGACCAGGGUAUUGGUGGUAUCAGAAUCGCCAUUUCCAAGUUGGCUUUGAUGACUCUUUGUGGCGGUAUCCACCCAGGACGUGUGUUGCCAGUGACCCUAGACGUCGGUACCAACAACAAGAAGUUGGCACGUGAUGAGCUAUACAUGGGUAACAGAUUCGCUCGUAUUAGAGGCAGACAAUACGACGAAUUUGUCGAUAAGUUUAUCAAGGCUGUUAAGAGGAGAUUCCCUAGCGCCGUGCUUCAUUUUGAGGACUUUGGUGUUACCACCGGUAGACCAUUGCUAGAAAGAUACCGUACGCAGCUCCCAUGUUUCAAUGAUGACAUUCAGGGAACUGGUGCAGUUGUCAUGGCAUCCUUCUUAGCUGCUUUGAAGCACACCAACAGAGACUUGUUAUCCUCUAGAAUUUUGGUCUACGGAGCUGGAUCUGCUGGUUUGGGUAUAGCAGAUCAGAUUGUUAGCCAUAUGGUCACAAGCGGGAUUACUAUCGAAGAGGCCCGCUCUAAGAUAUAUCUAAUGGACAGAAGAGGUUUGAUUUUGGACUCUAUGAGGGACUCUAUAACCCCAGGUCAAAGUGUUUUCUCCAAGGACGAUGCUGAAUGGGAGGGCGUAAAUACUACCGCUUUAGUUGAAGUUGUUGCUCGUGUCAAGCCAACAUGUUUGAUUGGCUGUUCUACCCAAGCAGGUGCUUUCAACAAGGCUGUCGUGCAGGAAAUGCUCAAGCACAACGAAAGACCAAUUAUCUUCCCCUUGUCUAAUCCUACCAGAUUGCACGAGGCGGUCCCAGAGGACUUGCUCGAGUGGACUGACUACAAGGCAUUGGUUGCUACUGGUUCUCCUUUCCCAAUGGUUAAUGGCUACCGUAUCUCCGAGAACAACAACUGUUUCUCUUUCCCUGGUAUUGGAUUGGGAGCUGUUUUGUCCCGUGCAUCUGUCAUUAGUGACAAAAUGAUUUCAGCUGCUGUCAACCAGCUUGCUUCUUUGUCUCCUCUAAAGCCAGGUGACUCUAGACCAGGUCUAUUACCACCUUUGGAGGAUAUCAGUGACACAUCUGCAAAGGUCGCUACUGCCGUUAUCUUGGAAGCUUUGAAGGAGGGUUUGGCUCGUGUCGAGCAAGAGACCGUAAAUGGUCAAACUUCAGAGGUACAUGUUAAAGUUCCAAGAGACUUUGAUUCUUGUCUACAGUGGGUUAUUAAGCAAAUGUGGAAGCCAGAAUAUAGACCGUUGGUGAAGGUAAAUUAUGAUCCAAGGGUUCAUACUCACCAAUACUGA